AUGGGAGAAGUACCAGUGGAUAGAACCUAUUCUGUGGAAAGCCACCACCACAACUUGCUAGAGACUGCGAUUGGAAACAAGCAGUUAGCGAGAGAGUCCAGAAUAUAUAGUUAUGGAAAGAGCUUCAACGGAUUUGUUGCACGACUUUUGCCAAAUGAAGCAGAGAGACUCAAAGAGGAGGAGGGUGUGGUUUCUGUGUUUCCAAACAAAAUCAGCAAACCACACACGACAAGGUCGUGGGAUUUUCUAGGAAUGCCCCUAGAAGCAUUUGGAUUGAUUGUCCCAGUUUCAAUGAUACGGGGUAUGGACCUCCCCCACGUAGAUGGAAAGGCAAAUGCGUAA